GCAACACAAACUGAUCCAGAACUGCUUUGGUACUUUCUCUCACUUCCGGAUUGGUUCUGGUCGGGCAGAGUGGCAUGAGUGUGGGCAAGCCCCACCGCUACAACAUCGUGUCAUCGUCAGAGGAGGACGUGUACCGGCACGGCAACAUGCCCGCCCUCGGCAACGGCUUUGGUAAUGGCAAAGUCCAGACACGCCGAAAGGUGCGGAGCCGAUUUGUAAAUAAAACAGGCCAGUGCAACGUCAGUUUCGCUCAUAUGGACCAGCAAUCUCAGCGCUACCUCGCUGACAUCUUUACCACCUGCGUGGACAUUCGUUGGCGCUGGAUGUUUGUCCUCUUCUCCCUUGCAUUUGUCCUGAGCUGGCUCGCAUUUGGUUUCGCCUUCUGGCUUAUUGCGCUUGUCCACGGUGACUUAGACCGGCCCACUAAAGAGGACUUCACUCCAUGUGUCAUGCAGGUCAACAGCUUCGUUGCGGCGUUUCUGUUCUCAGUCGAGACGCAAACCACGAUCGGCUACGGAUUCCGCUGUGUAACCGAGGAGUGUCCCUUAGCGGUGUUCAUGGUCGUCUUCCAGUCCAUCAUGGGCUGCAUCAUUGACUCUUUCAUGAUCGGUGCAAUCAUGGCCAAAAUGGCACGACCUAAGAAACGGGCACAAACGAUACUGUUCUCACACAAUGCUGUCAUCGCUAUGCGCGAUGGGAAACUGUGUCUCAUGUGGCGGGUCGGGAACUUGAGGAAAAGUCACAUUGUAGAGGCUCACGUGCGGGCGCAGCUUAUUAAGCCCCGAAUCACAGAAGAGGGCGAGUACAUACCGUUCGAUCAGAUCGACAUCAAUGUGGGCUACGACCAAGGUCUCGACCGCAUCUUCCUGGUUGCUCCUCUUACUAUCCUCCAUGAGAUAAACGAGGAGAGUCCUCUGUAUGGAAUUAGCAAGCAGGACCUGGAAACAUCUGAUUUUGAGAUUGUGGUCAUACUGGAAGGGAUGGUCGAGGCGACUGCGAUGACGGCUCAGGUGCGCAGCUCCUACCUGGCCAGCGAGAUCUUAUGGGGCCAUCGCUUUGAGCCCGUGGUGUUUGAGGAACGCAGUCAGUAUAAAGUGGACUAUUCACACUUUCAUAAGACCUACGAGGUUUCCUCGACGCCACGUUGCAGUGCCAAAGACAUGGAGGAGAAUAAAUCAUUGGAGUCCGGAGCCAACUUCUGCUAUGAGAACGAGUUGGCCUUUAUUAGUAGAGAUGAGGAGGAGCAAGAUGAGGACACCGGUGAGAGGGGCACUGAGCUAGAGACCCUUUCAGCCAAUCUGAACUUCGAUCAGAGGUCAUAUCACAAAGAAUCUGAAAUAUGACCCUUUGCUUUAUCGUAGACCUAUUCUUCUAGUGACGGUUGUAACAGUUAGCUACAGAGCAAUGUAAGUGCCAUAUGAAUCCUUGACCCACUGAGCCAUGCUGUAGUUGGGGGCAGGCCAGAAAAAGAAAGUGCUUUUUGUAGAUGGAUGUUGGAAAUGAGAGGCCUUCCUGUAGGAAAACUUGAAAUCUGAUUACCUGUUUCAAACUCUAGUUUGACGUGAUAGCUUUAAGUAGUAUCAUUAUGCAAUACUAAGCUAGCCUGGGUGCCAUAUUGACUUAAUCUCUUUUGUUAAGAAAAUUUGCACAAAAUAGGUUAUUAACCACUAGCCUGUUUGAUUGGAUAUAGAGUAGAAGAUGAUACACUCUUGUUUUGGUGUGAUUUACAGCAAUAAAAGACUUAUCUAUGCUCUCCAUCUUCCACUGGUUUUUCCCACUUUACGUCAAAGCAAAGACUGCAAUGCCUGAUAGUUUUAUUUUUACCAUGUAAUGAGGUACUACUUUAGAGGUGUGUGAAAUAUAAUUAACACCUACAUAGACACUGAAUUAGUGAGCAAAAUGGUUCCCAGGCUAGUAAAUAGCAAAGACACAAAGAUAUUUAUUCAUUAUUAGAAAGUGAGUAGAAAAAUAUAUUCUAUGAGUAUGUGAGUUGAUGGAGGGAAGGUAAGGCAUGGUUUUUUUUCACAGCAUACCACACCAUUCUCAUUCAUGCUCAGGCCACACACACACACACACACACACACACACACCCUUGAAUAAAACUGCUUGUAUACUUACAAUGACAGCCAGAGGAAAAACAACAUGUUUCAUGUUGCUUUAAUGCCAUAAUCAAACUUGUAAGUUGAAGUUUCUACAUGUUGUAGCCAAAUUUUAAAGCUCUGAAUCAAGUCAUUUAAAUUAUUACAUGUUUUGCUGAAGCAACAGUUACACUGCGCUUGUGUGUGUGAGGUAUGAACUUUAAUAUGACCUUUCUUGUUUGGUGUUUCUUUCCUCAGAAUCAACAGUUGCACACUUGCGAAUGUGAAAGAAAAUGAUCAAUACUAAAAGCUAUUUUUAUGGUAGAAGCUAAAGAAUGAAAAGCCAGUAUAAGAUUUAGGGCACACUGCGAAAAACAUUUUCUUCAUCAGUAAAUUCAUAUUGUUUUCCAGUAAAGAAUAUACUUAAGAAAAAUAGACUUAUUUAAAUAUAUUGAUAAUUUUACUUUAUCUCAGUAGUAAUAUUUCUAAAGCAUAAAUUUAGUAAGUUAAAUAUUUCUUAUAAGCAAUUAGCCAUGCAUUUUUCGUCUCACAUGACUGAAACUAAAUUUGAAACAUUCAGCAUAAUACAAGUUCAUGUAAUUCAACUCAUAAACUAACCUCAGAGCUUGCAAAAAUCAAUUUCAACAUGCAACUAACAACAGACCAACACCAACCACCCACCUCUGCUAUCUUACAUCAUAAUUAGUGAUCGUCGUGACAGUCUCCCUCCUUUUCAAAAUCAGAGCAAAGGGAAUAGGAGAGGUGAGAACGAGAGCCAGAGACAAAGAAGGAACAAAGGAGAAAGUGUUCACCCACUCACCUCAUCCUUCACUUUGCUCCGUGGGAGCAAAUAAAUGUGCCUGAUUAAAUAAUGAAUGCAUUAUAUAUGAUGAUUUAAAUAAAUUAAACGUUUCUUCAAGGUA